UUUUCGGGCCCGAAGAGAAACUGAUCUGAUGGAGAGAACUGCGAGACCGGCGGGCUGCAAGAAAUCAUUCAAAUUCCAGUUUUCAAACCUCUUUCCGCCUCCGCUCUCUCUCUCCUUCCUUCUCCAUUUCUCUCUCUAGAACCCAAAGCAGGUUCAUUCUUGCUUAUCACAAUCACCGGAAAAGAAUCUCUAAUCUCUUGCUUCCGCUGCCAUGAGCGGAGCUCCUCCUUCCGGCAGUGGUAGAGAACUCGCCAACCCUCCCUCCGACGGCAUCUCGAACCUCCGCUUCUCAAAUCACAGCGACCACCUUCUCGUUUCAUCCUGGGACAAGAGUGUUCGUCUCUACGAUGCCAGUGCGAAUGUGCUCAAGGGUGAGUUCAUGCACGGCGGCCCCGUUCUCGACUGCUGCUUCCACGACGAUUCAUCUGGUUUCAGUGCCAGCGCGGACUGUACCGUUCGGAGGCAUGUCUUCAGCUCUGGCAAGGAGGAUAUUUUGGGACGUCAUGAUGCUCCAGUACGUUGUGUUGAAUACUCUUAUGCAGCAGGUCAAGUGAUUACCGGCAGCUGGGACAAAACAUUGAAAUGCUGGGAUCCCAGAGGUGCAAGUGGGCCAGAACACACUCUUGUUGGAACAUACCCACAGCCGGAACGGGUUUACUCUCUUUCUUUAGUUGGCCAUCGCCUUGUAGUAGCAACUGCAGGAAGACAUGUAAAUGUCUAUGAUUUGCGAAAUAUGUCUCAACCUGAACAACGGAGAGAGUCAUCCUUGAAAUAUCAAACUAGAUGCGUCCGAUGCUAUCCUAAUGGGACAG